UCACUAAACCAACCUUCAAGAACAGAGAAGAAGCGAUUUCCAUCAAUAACAAAAAAUAAAUAUAUAAAAACUCUUUCUUCAUUUUUUUCUUUGAACUCAUCAUUGCAACACAAACAUAAGAUUUGUUUGUGUCUGCUUUCAGAAAGAGAAAAAGAAAGAAUGAUACCAAGUUACGACCCAAAUGAUACAGAAGCUGGUCUCAAGCUUCUAGAGGAUCUAACCACAAAUGCAGAAGCAAUUCAAGAACAAGUUCUCCACCAAAUACUCUCUCAAAACUGUGAAAGUCAAUAUCUCCAAGCAUUUCUUGAUGGAGAAUCCGACAAGAAUCAACAAAGUUUCAAGAACAAAGUCCCUGUUGUAAAUUACGGCGACAUAAAGCCUUUCAUUCAACGAAUCGCAGAUGGAGAAUCCUCUGACAUCGUCUCCUCUCAACCCAUCACAGAGCUCCUCACUAGCUCGGGGACUUCGGCGGGAAAGCCGAAGUUGAUGCCUUCCACAGCUGAGGAACUUGAACGGAAGACAUUUUUCUACAGCAUGCUUGUGCCUGUCAUGAACAAAUAUGUGAAUGGGCUAGAUGAAGGUAAAGGAAUGUAUCUUCUAUUCAUAAAACCAGAGAUCAAGACUCCUUCAGGUCUAAUGGCUCGUCCUGUGUUGACUAGUUACUACAAAAGUCAACAUUUCAGAAACAGACCAUUCAACAAGUACAACGUCUACACUAGCCCUGACCAGACGAUUCUUUGUCAAGACAGCAAACAGAGCAUGUACUGUCAGCUUCUCUGCGGUUUGGUCCAACGAUCUCAUGUCCUAAGAGUCGGAACUGUCUUUGCAUCUGCCUUUCUUCGAGCGGUCAAGUUCUUGGAAGAUCAUUACAAGGAGCUUUGCGCCGACAUUAGAACCGGUACAGUAACUAGCUGGAUCACUGAACCAGCAUGCAGAGACUCGGUUUUGUCUGUCCUUCAAGGACCUAAUCAAGAACUGGCUGAUGAAAUUGAGUCAGAGUGUGCUGAGAAGUCGUGGGAAGGAAUCUUGAGGAGGCUAUGGCCUAAGGCUAAGUAUGUUGAGGUGAUUGUGACGGGUUCAAUGGCUCAAUACAUUCCAACGCUCGAGUUUUAUAGCGGUGGUUUACCGUUGGUUUCAACCAUGUAUGCUUCCUCUGAGUGUUACUUUGGUAUCAACCUUAACCCGUUGUGUGAUCCUUCGGAUGUUUCGUAUACGCUUCUUCCUAACAUGGCCUAUUUCGAGUUCUUGCCCGUCGAUGACAAAUCUCACGAAGAGAUUCACUUUGCAUCGCAUUCUAACACCGAUGAUGAUGAUGAUGCUCUCAAGGAAGAUCUUAUUGUCGAUCUUGUUAAUGUUGAAGUUGGCCGAUACUACGAGAUUGUCAUUACUACAUUCACAGGUUUAUACAGAUACAGAGUAGGAGAUAUUCUUAAAGUGACCGGUUUCCAUAACAAAGCGCCUCAGUUCCGUUUUGUGCAGCGAAGAAACGUUGUAUUAAGCAUCGAUACCGACAAAACUAGCGAGGAAGAUCUACUAAACGCGGUGACACAAGCUAAACUCAAACAUCUUCAAAAACCUUCAUGCCCCUUGCUCACGGAGUACACUAGCUAUGCGGAUACGUCCUCGAUCCCAGGGCAUUACGUUCUCUUCUGGGAGCUAAAGCCACGUCAAAACAACGAGCCACCAGAGCUAGAGAACAAGACAAUGGAGUUAUGUUGCUCUGAGGUUGAGGAUUGUUUGGAUUACGUAUACAGGAGAUGCAGGAACAAAGAUAAGUCGAUAGGGCCAUUGGAGAUAAGGGUUGUGAGUUUGGGGACUUUUGAUUUGCUGAUGGAUUUUUGUGUCUCGCAAGGAUCUUCAGUGAAUCAGUACAAGACUCCAAGAUGUGUUAAACCUGGAGGAGCUCUUGAGAUUCUUGAUUCCAGAGUUAUUGGGAGGUUCUUCAGUCAAAGAGUUCCUCGAUGGCAACCACUUGGUUUAGAUUCGUAGCUUUUUUUUCAAUUUUACUUACUUUUUCAUAUACAACUAAAGUCUUGAUUUAAAGAUUUUAAGGAAGAUCCUCAUUUAUUAAGUUGCUAAUUGAUGUUUGUUUAUUAAAUGUCGUUGCUCUUUUGU